CCCCUUUACCCAUGCCCCUGAUCUUCUGCAUUAGCUUCACAUGCCACUACAGCGACUGGUGUUACGAUAUCUCUAAUGUUUCUAGUAUGUACCCUUUGUGCAGUUGGGUCGUUGAGGAGGGAACACCGCUUUUUUGGGGACCCAAGUCAGGUGACGGUCCACAUGCAUAAGGCGUUACUUGUGAUAAAAGCCCAUUGCCAGUCACAGCCAGAGUGACUCGCCCCAACUCUCAUCCCUACCCUCACCUACAAAGCAGUCCCCCUUCGUGCUAUCCGCUCCAUAUUUACUGAUAGAGGGUUGGCGUUGGCAUCAUGGAAGAAGAUAUCCAGUACUUGGGCACUAAGCUGGCCCAACCGAAGCCCCUUUCUGACCUCCUCGAGGCACCAGAGGCACCAAGUGUCGUCGCAGGCAAGUCUGUACUUCGCCCUUCCCCCCGGGCGCUUCUCAUGCCCGCCUACUGGAUAGGAGUAACCCUACAUGUUGAGAAGUGUGGCGACAGACCUGCUCACGAAAUUACAUUCCAUCGCUCUCGGUCAAGCUACGUCAACAUCGGUCGCAAAUCGGCAUCUGGAGAGAAAGCGAUGAGAAAGGAAAAUGAUGAUCAAAACGCAGUCUUUGCGUGCCAGGUGGUUAGCGCUAAGCAUGCAAAGUUGGUGUUCUCCGAUAACGAGGUUUCUAUCAUCGAUCUCCACUCGCGGCAUGGAACCCAUCUUUUGAGGGGCGAAGGAGCUCCAAGAACCCUCAAGGCUGAAGUCGAAACCCCCCUAGCAGAUGGCGAUAUCAUUACCUUCGGCAAAGCUGUUAGGAUCCGGGUAGAGCUAGUGAAGGAGAAGCCGUCGCUUAUUGCCUCACAAGUUGGCCCCUCCUUGACCCCUAUCAACUCCUUGGUCGACUUGAUAUCCCGUACUAGGAUGUCCGAUGAUCGUGACUCUGACAUAGAAGAGGUUUCCGUUCCCUCACCCAGCCGGACGCAUUCCCUGCAUAUCAAGAUCCCUGCAUUCAAGUACUUUAUUCACAACAUUUGCAGGUCCAACGAAGGAUCAAAUUCGUCUCCCGUCAAGGAUACUUUCCCUUCUUUAGCAGAGUUUUUAGUGACACCCUCCCCUUCGCCGGAGGACCUUAGAACACCAUCUCCACCAAUUGUGGUUGUCGACACCGUUUCGAAUUCUCGAUCGCAUUCGCCAAUGGAGAUGUCCACACCUUCACCGUCUGCCACCUCUGAAGCUGAAGCGCAUCCUCCAGAGCCCCCAGUUGUUGGUGCAUGGCCAUCAUCUCGUUCUGAAUCUCCACAUCCUCCGGCAGAAGACGACGUCGAGAAGGAGAAGGACGAUAGCGAUAAUGUAGCAGUAGGAACUCCUCCUCCGCCUGCCGAGCCCGCAGAGACAGGCACUGUAACUGCCACUACCCAAGAAAGAGAGCCUGAUUCGUUCCCGGAAAUUCAUGCCUGCCACUUCAUGGAUAUCCCACCACCAACAUAUUUUCCAGUUGGACCGCCUUUCGGGAGACACCUUACUUCUCCAUUCAAUGCUUGUCAUCCUGCCCCAUCUGGUUUUCCCGGGACGACAACUGAACUAAGAGCAUCCAUCAAGAUCAUCGAGGAUCGGGUUUCUGCAAUGCAGGGAACGAUUUCCGAUUUGAGAAGUCGACAGUCUUUUACUGAAGAAGAUGUUAUGGACAUUCAGACACACGUAGACAUGCUUGAGCCAGAGUCGGACCGUCUCUUCUGUCGCCUCAACCUUGCGGAACGCAAUAUUGCGUCGCUGUCUACCCUUCAAACCCAAAACCAAAGCCCACCUGAAUUCCCUACGAAUGAUCUCAAGGCGUGCGCUGAAGCACUGGGUUCUCUUGUGACUGAGAUGAAGACCGCUAUAGAAGAGAAGAUGAUGGUGAUCGACGCAGCUACUGAAGUCGAGUCACUGAAACGUAAACGGGCCGAGGACGAGGAUGCGGGCGAGCCUGAGAAGAAAAUGGACACGGACGACACUGCUGCAGCCAUGGCGGUAGGUGCUGUAGUGACAUGGUCUGCCUUGGCAUUUGCUUGAAACACUAUCACGGUGAUUGUGGAUACUCUAUAUGAUUUGGCAUGUAUGAUAAGAUGUAUGACGUGUACUGAAACUUUUGUAUGCUACUACUUGUUGUGUUGUAUUAGGUCAAACAUGGAU